UUAUAAAUACACUAUCUCCACUCUAUCGCUCUCGGCACUAUUUUUGAUCAGAACAAGGAAGUAAAAUGUUGUUGUUCACUCACUCACUUUGUCAGAACCUUUUGACGAGAGAGGCAGACGAGAUUUCCUAUGUGUAACGGAUCAAACUUUACUCUAAACACUUCCUGUCUGCACUUGCUGACAUGCCAGCUGCACCAAGUCAACAUCUCUACUCCUGUCGGCAGAUAAAAGAAGCCAUGGCGCUCUGGAUAUUGUGGAUGCUAUGUGCUGUUUCACUUCUCGUUCAAGAGAGUUGUUCAGUGUUGACUAUUAGUGAUUGCAAAGAUGGUCGUAAGAAUGUUGUUGAAGACAGGACUUAUUCAUUCACGUGCGGUCUAUACAGCAGCUCGGGACCAGUGUGGACGGUUUAUAAUGACAAAGGACAAGUCCUGUAUCGCGGGCCUUGUCAACACAGUUCUUGUUCUUAUCUGGAUGAUGAUGCCUUUUUAGUAGAACAGCAUUUUGUAGAUGACGAUGACUUGUACACGUCCAAUCUUACUUUAAAAGGGAUCAAGCGGGAUUCAGCUCGCAUACUAAACUGCAGCAGUUCAUCUGAAUCUACAGUGUGCAAAUUAAGAAUAAUUGCUGCCCCGAGUUAUAAAACUGGAAGCUGCGGUGUCAGUAUUUCAAACUGGAUGGUGACCGGAAGCUGCAUACUGACAGGGAUGUAUUCUUCAGACAACAACUAUAAUUGCAAAUGGAAGGAGCGUGGGAACAAUAAGGAAUUUGGGGGAUUUCAAAACAAACCAGUGACCUACACUGAACAGAAUUCGAGAAAUUAUACUGAAGGGGUUUGUUCUUUCGCAAAACAAAUGCCUCUCAUCAGUGGGUUGUAUACAUACACUAUGAAAGUGUCGCCAGGUGGCUUUUACUUACAGAAAGAAAUAACUAUAGGUGAGCCAUAUCAGGUAAAACUUACCCACAGUUGUCCAAAGUAUGUUUUUGAAGGAUCAAGUAUAAACUGUACAUGCUCUGCUUCAAGAGAUGUAACUCCACCAGCACUGCUAGUGUGGGAAGGAAGGAAUGAUGCAAAACUUUUACUCGCUAAUAUAAGCCGGCAGCAGGAUCAAGAACAAUUCACGUGUCAAGUAAAAUGGGGUCCAGACGGCUCCAUUAAAGAAAACACUUCCUACACGCUGACUGUUGCUUAUGGCCCCUCAGAUGUUCUAGUCACCAGCUAUAAAAAGAAGACAGGAGAUGAGUCAGAGACGAUACGUUUAACCUGCACAGCGACUGAUGUUUAUCCCUCCGCUGUUUUUCAAUGGAAUGUCACGUGUUCUAAUCAGACUGACCAUAUAGACUCCAGUACAUGCUCCUUCAACUUCACGCAAAAGUUUGAAAGUCUGGCGAUAUUAUGUACAGCUAGCAACACAUAUUAUCAUCAAGAGAAUGCUUCUCAUGUCUACGUCCUCUCUUCUUUAGGAAACAAGCAGGCAGACACAGCUGGACUUAAUGCCGGGUUAAUUGGUGGAGUUGUGGCAGCUGUACUUCUUGUACUCAUCAUUGUUGCAGUUUUGAUUGUGUACAUCAUCAAACGGAGGAAAGGUAUGUUAGACAGAGAGAGAGCCUUCUUGGGAAUUUCCUCAGACCCCCACAAAGAUUUUCACAAAGGACCUGCAAUGCCUCAGCCAUAUGCUGUCGUCAGUAAGCCAAAGACACAGACACAGACACAGACACAGACACAGACGCCCAUCAGACGACAAGCAGGUCCUUUAGGCGACAUGUACACCAUCACUAACACAACCAGCUCAGGUCACGUGGUAGAUGACUAUGCAACGGUCUGUGGAACGGUCAACAACAACACCAGUGGAGCAGAGAGUCCUGACACUUACCAAGAGACUCAUAAUACACAGAGGACAACAGAACCAACGGAAGCAUUUAAGCCAACAACAAAGCCAACUAUAACAAAUAACGCGAGCAUCCACGAUUGGCAAGGCACAGAUUACAUGAAUGUCACUGAGGUGCCAACAGACUCUGGUUUGGGAGUGUAUCAUGUAGUUCCCUGGGCAACACCAUCUGGUCAAACGGAACCUGAGACAAGGGAAUAUUCUGUACCGACAUUUUCUGAAGAUGAGUACAACGAACUACAUUUUGAAGAGGAUCGUACUGGACAAGAAGACCAAGCCGCUACAUACCACCAUCUUCAAAUCACAUAACAUCUUUUAGUCUGAAAGUUUCAUCCGUUGAGGAACGCCUCUAGUCCCAUAGAAUAUAAUUUCACUACUGAAAACUUAUGCUAAACCUACUUUUUAUCUCAAAGAUAACCAAGCCUGAUGUAGUCAUCAGUACUUUUCUUAGUGAGGUCGAUUAUUAUUAAUAUUUAGGUAAAUAAUAAACAUAAAUAAGAUAUCAGCAAUGACAUUAUUCUUGUUUUGUGUGUGCAUCGUCUAUACUUUCACGGAAACUAGUUCUUUUGUUCUCUCAGCUCUUUAAUUUUUACUCAGUUUUUUUAGUCUCUCACUAAGAGUCUCUUCCCUUUCUUUAAUUUUUUUGUUUUCACAUCCUUUCCCAUAAAGAACAGGAACAGUGUUGUUUCCCUUCUUAAUGUUUAUUUUAAGAUAACUGGAACGAAGCAGAGGAACUUACAAGACCUAAAUAGUCACAAGCUUCUGUGAAAUCUUUACUAAUUCUAAUCAUUUGUUUGCAUGAACAAUCUCACUCUUGCAGUUUGGUCGCAGAGACGAGAUGCCCGAAUCCUCACCGCAACUUACCCGUCCUUGUAAUAUUGUAUUUACCUAUGAUCACCUUUUGUAGUGCACAAAGUGUAUCUAAUAUCGUGUGAGCAUGUGUGUAUAUGUCCCUCGGCCCUAUGCUCCUCUCGACGUGGUUAGAAACAAGAGAGAAGAGAGAGAUAUGUGUAUAUAUUUACUUGUUUAUAGUAAUCAUGUAUAAGCAUUGAAUAUUGUUUGUGCAUAAGAAAUUAUAAAUCUUACCCUUAUAAGCCAUUACGACCUAAUAAUGUUGCACUGUCUUGUACUGCAUUUAUCACAAUAGUUGGAAUUUCUGAGUGACAAAAAGAUGAAAAGGGAUAAAAACGAAAGAAGGCGUGAAAAGAGACAAAAAUUUAGACAACGUGAGAAAGGAAAAAAAUUUUAAAUGUUAAAAAAAUAUAUCAAUAAAAUGAAAGUUUCAUUUAUUGUGGUUAUUUCUAAAUUUUUAUAUGCAUGGUUUUAAACGAACUCAGACUUGAACUAUUACAAUCGUUGGUUCAGGUUUAUAAAUUAAAUGAGGCAUAACUAUUGUACGUAGCAAAGCAACAAAAUCAAAUAAACGUUUCGUUUCAUGUUUUGUCUUUAAUACCUUAAAUGUAGAUUUUUGUACAAAUAAAAUUAUUUGAAAACAUU